CCCCACAACCGUCGAGGACAUGGAGGAGCUUCUGCUGCCCGGCAGUGAGGAGGAGGCGCGCUCCGAGCACAGCUCGUUUGCUCCGCUGGACUCAGAGAGGACGAUGUGGGAGCGGGUCAAAUCUUUCUUCCAGGAAAUAGGGAUGGGAAGCCUGAGGAGCGUAAGGGAUUUCUGUAAGAGGAACGGGCUGCUAACGCUAUCAGUCAUCUCCGUCAUCACUGGCUGCACUCUGGGCUUCAUGCUGAGAGGAACCCAACUGUCCACACAGGCCAAGAUUUACUUCUCCUUUCCGGGAGAGCUGCUGAUGAGGAUGCUAAAGAUGCUCAUCCUUCCUCUCAUCACGUCCAGUUUAAUGUCGGGUUUGUCGUCAAUGGAAUCGAAGGCGUGCUGCCGGAUGGGCGUCCUCACCGUCACCUACUACCUGUGGACCACCUUUAUAGCCGUGGUGGUCGGCAUCAUACUGGUCAUCAUCAUCAAACCAGGCGUGGGGACGGACAUGGAGAGCAACCGGCUGGGCGGAGGGCCCGUCAUGACCUCAGCUGAUGCCCUGCUUGAUCUGAUCAGAAACAUGGUUCCCUCCAACUUGAUUGAAGCCACAUUUCAACAGUACAAGACAGACCUGAUCCCCAUCCUUAAAGUUCCAACCAAAACCAUCCAGCCCAACUUUGUCUACGUCAUUCCGGAUGACGACGACCCCAAAGGGCGGACGGUGUACCUGGAGCUGACUCCGCCCCCUGAUGUCAUGUACAAAACCAGUCCCGGCAGCAGCCAGCAGAUGAAUGUGCUCGGCAUCGUCAUCUUCUCUGCCACGAUGGGUCUGCUGCUGGGCAGGAUGGGAGAACGUGGAGCUCCUCUGGUCAACGUCUGUCAGUGUAUCAAUGAGUGUGUGAUGAAGAUCAUCAACGCUGCUGUUUGGUAUUUUCCAUUUGGGAUCAUCUUCUUGGUGGCUGGAAAAAUCCUGGACAUGCAGGACCCGAGCACACUCGGGAAGAAGCUGGGCUGGUACGGUAUCACUGUGCUUGCCGGCCUGUUCGUCCAUGGCCUCAUCCUCCUCCCUUCCUUCUACUUCAUCCUCACCAGGAAGAAUCCCUUUGCCUACAUCCGUGGGCUUCUUCAGGCCAUGGUGAUUGCCCUGGCCACUUCUUCCAGUUCUGCUACGCUGCCCAUCACCAUGAAAUGCUUGUUGGAAAACUGCCAUGUUGACCGGCAGAUUGCUCGCUUUGUCCUCCCUGUUGGAGCCACAAUUAACAUGGACGGCACAGCGCUAUACGAGGCAGUGGCGGCCAUCUUCAUAGCUCAGGUUAACGAUUAUGAGCUGGACUUUGGCCAAUUAGUCACUAUCAGCAUCACCGCAACAGCCGCCAGCAUCGGUGCAGCCGGCAUCCCCCAGGCUGGGCUGGUUACGAUGGUGAUAGUGCUCACAUCAGUGGGCCUCCCACCAGAUGACAUCACACUCAUUGUGGCCAUUGACUGGAUCCUUGACCGGUUUCGGACCAUGAUCAAUGUCCUGGGCGAUGCGCUGGCAGCAGGAAUUAUUGCUCACCUCUGUCGGAAGGACUUCCCCCUCAGUGGAACAGGAAAGCCGGUGCCGACUUAUGGGACGCAGACCACCCAUACCAACUCCCACAGCACUGAUGUGCCGAUGGCCGAGAUCCACACGCACAAAGACUGCAUGUUCGAGGCGGCCGGCGACUCGGUGAGCCAGGGGCACGCUCACACCGUUUACUACAACAUCUGCCAGGUGUGACGGGCAGGCCGGAGCCUCGGGAUGCCUCACAGCUGCCACGGUCCAGUCAGAACACACUGUGCCAUCAGAAAAGCCACAGCUAUCUGGUGAGGACUUAGAGUCACAGACCCACCUGCUGGUCUUCCCCACACACAAGCCUUUUAUGUUCUGACUGUUUAUCAAAGGGCUUCUGGACCAAACCAGGUCAACGGAACAAAGCAAAAGAACCCCAGAGUCGGGGUUCUGACUUGGAUCUCCCACUGGAACAAAGCUCAUAUCAGUCUGACCACUCAGGUGUUCAGACAAACCUCUGAGUGAUCUGAUUGGCCACUCCAGGUGCUCACCCUGCCUAAAGGGACAAAGAUAAUGAAUUGAUCCAAGUGCCCUUCAUCUCACAGAUGCAGCCGUGCUCUUCCUCUGCAUGCUGGCAUGCGCUCUGGCUGCCUUCAUUUGAAGUCGUGGUGCAUUAUUCCCUCCCUUUGUUUACUUUCUUUUGACCAGAAUCGUAGAACCAAAGUUAGGCAGAGCUCGUGUGAUCGGCUGGAUUUCAUCUAAUGACUGCCCUCUUUUUCAAACAUUCAGAACGGCUCCGCAGAUUUUCAAGAACCAUCUGAUCUCAGAUAAGACCUCAAAAAGACACUGAAUCAUUCUCAGAUCACUCUGUGAAUAUCAGCAACAACAAACCCAACCAGUGAGCUGCAGCGUGCUGGUGUGGAGUGCCAUUUUAACCUGUGAGGAUGUGGAUGAAUGCCUACGAAACCUCAAAUGAUGAAUGUGGAUAUAUAUAGUUUCUUUUUUUAAGACUGCAUUAUGUUUCGUGCUCUAAUAUUAAAUUGAGGGGGCGUGGUUCUCCAUUACCAAUCAUUACAUCACCUUAUAAAGGAAAAGAAUUCAAAUACUGUAUUUCUAUGUUUUACUAUUGUUGCUUUGACAUGUAAAUGUGGACAAAUACUUAUCCAGAAGCCAAAGUAGGACAGAAUAAACUUCAAACUAGAUUAAAGAUGUGCCGCUAAACUAUGGAAAGGAACCAAUACCACUCAUAAAAGGGAAGUAUCACAAAGAGAAAAAACAUAGAGUUAACAGAUGCAGUAAUACAUAAACACCUGACAGAAACAGACUAAAGCAGAGAACUGUAAAGAAAAUUUAACCAAACAGAACAAAGAAGAAACCUGAAUAUACUAAAUAAGAAAGCAUAAAUUAAAUUAAACCAAAAAAUAACACAAAUUCCUCCCUGACAUGCGAAGAUCCCAAAUGUGGCUUUGACCCAGAACUGAGAACUGAGCGGCUGGUCAUCAGGAUGGACAGCUGCAUUAAUCUGCCGUCUGACCAUUGUGUAUUAGUCAUGAUUAAACGGCCUUCUCGUGUUUGGACCACCAUAUUCCCUCUGAGUAUAGAUUCAGACGCGAAGAACAAGCACUGACCUCAGUUUAACCUCAAGUUGGUCGCUGUUAUUUUCUGGAGAAAAGAUGGCGUUUCCUCGUGUGACUAUGCGUUCAAACCCCAAAGAAGCAGCUUACUGAGGAUAUUUACUUCCCCUCUUCGUGAUGAAACUAAUAAUCCAACACCCUGAGCUUUCUUAACUUCAUAAACACCGCCUACACGCUGGCACAUCCAGAACAAAUGUGUGAUGCUUUUGGUGAAGUGUCCCCUGGACUCGUUCAAGGGGGAAAUGUAGCCCUGCCUUAAUCUGUUGUUUUCACCUCAAAGUUCCUCUGCCAACACACACCACCAACUCCUGGUUUCAGCUAUCAACAUUUUGAUUCUCUCUUUUAUAUUCUGUGUCAUUUGUGUUUAUUUGUAUUUGGAAAUAAAAAUGUGUCAGUUUAUUCUUUCUGUUCGACGAUGUCA